UACGGUGCAAAAUUACUAUUUUUGAUUGAUUACCGGUGUCACGCGCAUCACCCAUAACUAACCUUGCACGAGGUUUACAUCACCUAAGCUUGCAAACUCAAAAUCAUUGGAAUAAACCCACAAUAAAUACAUCCUCCCAAAUCCAAAAACAAAAAAAAAGAAAAAGAAAAAUGCUAGUUCUAUGCAACUUAUCUACUGCUGCUCUCGUUUUGCCUACAAUAAUCUUCUUCUUCAUCAAGAAAUGGAAGAAAUCCAAAAAUAGAAAUGUGAUCAAAUUGCCACCAGGCCCCAUAACACUUCCUAUAAUCGGAAACCUGCAUCAAAUAAGCUCCCCUCCCUUCCGCUGCUUCACUGACUUAGCCGCCCGCCACGGCCCCAUCAUGUACCUCAGGCUGGGCGAGGCCCCCGCCGUGGUGGUGUCGUCACCGGAGAUCGCAAUGCUGAAAGAUCUCGACCCCAGCUUCGCCAACAGACCCAAGGGCGUGGCCUUGGAGAUCAUGUGGUACGGCUACCUGGACAUCGCCUUCAGCCCCUACGGCGACUACUGGCGGCAGAUGCGGAAGAUCUGCAUCAACGAGCUUCUCAGCCCUAGAAUGGUGCGCUCCUUCCGGUCCAUCAGAAGAGACGAGGCCGCUCGCUUGGUCGAUUUCUUGCGGGAAUCUUCUGGAAGCUCCGUGAAUCUAACGGAGAAGAUCUUCUCCUUCUCCAGCUCCAUCACGUGCCGAGCUGCAUUUGGCGGCGUGUGCAAUGAUAGAGAGGGUUUGAUUAAGGUGAUGAUGGAGACGCUGAGGAUGGCGGGAGGGUUUGAGAUUGCGGAUUUCUUCCCGUCUUCCAGGAUUGUGACGGCGCUGAGCUGGACUAAGAUGAGGCUGAAGAGGAUGCGGCGCAAGCUCGAUGUGAUUCUUGAUGAUGUUAUUGAUGAGCACAAGGAGAAUCUGGCGGAGAAUGCGGGUGGGAAUGGUGAAUUUGGGAGUGAGGAUUUUGUUGAUGUAUUGCUGAGGAUGAAGGAAGAAGGAGGAGAGGAGCUCAACUUUCCUAUUGGCAAUGACAAUAUCAAAGCUGUGUUGUAUGACAUUUUCUCAGCUGGAACUGAGACCUCAUCAUCAGCCAUUGAUUGGACGAUAGUAGAACUAAUGAAAAACACUAGAGUGAUGGCCAAGGCACAAGCUGAACUAAGACAAGUCUUGAAAGAAGGCACUACUGCUACUACUUUAGAACAAAAUGACGUUGUUCAUAAACUGAAAUAUCUGAAACUGGUGAUCAAAGAGAGUUUGAGGCUACACCCUCCAGUUCCAAUGUUGCCUAGAGCUUCUAGGGAGGCAUGCAAAGUCAAAGGAUACACAAUACCUGCUGAUGUUAGGGUGAUGGUGAAUAUUUGGGCUAUGCAUAGGGAUCCAAACUUCUGGAAAGAUCCAGAAAGGUUCGAGCCCGAGAGAUUCGAGAAUGAUGGUGUGGAUUUCACUGGUGGUGAUUUUCAGUACUUGCCAUUUGGAAGUGGAAGAAGAAUGUGCCCUGGAAUCAUGUUUGGUUUGGCUACUGUGGAGUUGGCUUUAGCUCAACUGCUUUACAACUUCGAUUGGAAACUUCCAGAAGGUGUUAGGGUUGAAGAUUUGGACAUGAUUGAAAAUGAUGGAAUUACGACUUCAAGAAAAGACAAUCUCUUUGUGGUUGCCACUCCAUAUAAACCAUCGAUGUGAGAUCUUGGUUACAUAUCAUAUACAUAUCCACAUAUACAAUAAAACUUGAUAUAUGCCGUUAAUGUUUUCUUCGUCACUUUAUAAGGUUUAUUUGUAUUCGAAAAUAAAAUGUCCGAUAGUAGUGUCUAUACUACUAAUUUGUAUUAAAUAUACGAAGCAAAUUAUAAUGAUAUCCAAUGCUCUAU